CCUCAGUUCAGAAUGAGAUCAAUGUCCUUUCUAAUUUUAUGUGUUUCAGUGUUUACUGCAGAUGUUGCUCAGAAGCGGAUUGUUAAAGAAGAUUCUUUAGACCAAAGACCUCGUGCCGACCUGCAUCAGCCAAGUCCCCCUCAAAUAAAGGAGGAAGAGAAGGGAGUCUACAUCAGUCUGCCAGGAGAGGAGCUCAAUGGGAAGGAGGUGAUUAAUGCCAUCAGGCUUCCAGUUGCUGCUCCAAUAAAGACUCUGGAUGAUGAACAGUCUCCACUGCUCUCACAGCUUUAUCCAGACCAAAUUAAAGCCAGAGAAUCCGUCAGGAUAAAAGAUCAUGGAGAUGCUUUCAUUUCUUUAGAGACUGAAGACACUGAGAAGGAUGAAGAGGACAGUGAUGUAGAACACAGUCUCUCUGGGCUAAAAGACUUGUCAGACUCUGGACAUAAGACAUGUUCUACAGAGAAGAAAAAUGUGGAUUCAGGAAUGAAAGUCCAGACAGGAGUGAAGCUUAGCUGCCAAGACUGUAGUAAAACAUUUAUUGGAAAAUACGCUUUAAACAAACACAUAAGAAUCCACAUAGGACAGAAGCCUUUCUAUUGUGAUCUAUGUCAAAAAAGUUUUGGCCGAAAAGCAGAUUUAAACACACACAUGAGAAUCCAUACAGGACAGAAGCCUUUCGGUUGUGAUCUAUGUGGAAAAAGUUUUAGCCAGACAUCAAUUUUAAAUAGACACAUGACAAUCCACACAGGACAGAAGCCUUUCAGUUGUUGUCUAUGUGGAAAAGAUUUUAGGCAAACAUCAACUUUAAAUAGUCACAUGAGAAUCCAUACAGGACAGAAGCCUUUCAGUUGUGAUUUAUGUGGAAAACGUUUUAGCCAAACAUCAGUUUUAAAGAGACACAUGAGUAUUCAUACAGGACAGAAGCCUGUCGGUUGUGAUUUAUGUGGACAAACAUUUAUUGACAGCGGAGGUUUGAAGACCCACAUGAGAAUCCAUACAGGACAGAAGCCUUUCCGUUGUGAUCUAUGUGAAAAAAGUUUUAGCCGAAAAGCACAUUUAGAAAUACACACGAGAAUCCAUACAGGACAGAAGCCUUUCAGUUGUGAUCUAUGUGGAAAAAGUUUUAGCCAAAAAUCAAGUUUAAAUAUACAUAUGAGAAUCCAUACAGGACAGAAGCCUGUCGGUUGUGAUUUAUGUGGACAAACAUUUAUUGACAGCAGAGGUUUGAAGACCCACAUGAGAAUCCAUACAGGACAGAAGCCUUUCUGUUGUGAUCAAUGUGGACAAAGAUUUAUCCGAAAAGAUACUUUGAAUACACACAUAACAAUCCACACAGGACAGAAGCCUUUCUGUUGUGAUCUAUGUGGAAAAAGUUUUAGCCAAAAAGCUUAUUUAAAAAGACACAAGAGAAUCCAUACAGGACGGAAGCCUUUCGGUUGUUAUCUAUGUGAAAAAAGUUUUAGCCAAAAAUCAAAUUUAAAUAUACAUAUGAGAAUCCAUACAGGAGAGAAAAUGUAACUGCGAUGAAAACCAACUCAAACACAGCUGUAGUUUGCUGACAGAUGUUCGUGUGUUGUCAUCAAACGCACAAGGUUUUCAUUUGGUAGUUUCCGCAUUUCUAUUGUAGCUAAUGUUUAGAGUUGUGUUAAAACAUUUCAAGGUUAUUGUUUUUUUUUUUCAGACUGAGCACUAGCACAUCCUGGUUACAGCAGUCUGCAUAGAUUGACAACAUCUAGACUCAUCAAGCUAAUGUAAACAGUGGCCACAGGAUGUGCCCUGACACGUCAUUUCAUGUUGAUCUUUCACAACAGCGACCUCUAGCUUCCUAAGUUAGCCAUUUGAAUCAUAAUUAUUUCCAGGAGAAAUAAUAACAUUAAUAAAUAAGGUGACUUAGACAAAUUUAUUAUGAUUUUGUAUGCACAGGGUGUAUACUAAAACAUUUCUUUGCAUACAAUUUGCGACAGUGUAGUGAGAUUGCAUUAGGAAUAUAUAUAACAUUACAAUAUAAAGGACAGCACUGUUCAGAAUGUGACAAUGUAGGAGAAAAGAAAAUUAAAAUAAUGGCGCAAAAAGCCAUUAAUAUGAAAGAGUUCAGUGUUGUGCAAAUAUGGUGGAAAAUGCCGUAAAAACGGUGAGUUGUAUCCUAUUUAAAUGGACUAUCAAAGUUUGGCGACGUUGUUAGUGCAAAAUAAUGGUGUGAGUGUGAUGCAGAGUCCAGUUUAGAGUUCAAUAGUCUGAUGGCAUCAGGGAAAAAACUAAAUCCUUCCUUUCCUGCGGCUCCCAUAUGAUACAUUUAUACUGAGACAUAAAACACUUUCUAUAGUAGCUCUGUAGAAGUACUUUAACAGUUUAGUGGAAAGUCUAGUCCUUUUCAGUUUCCUGAUGAGGAAGAGCAUCUGAACCUUGCAGGACAUCAGCCCUCAAGAAUUUGAGUUUGAGACAGUCGGUUUAAAGUCUCUCCUCUGUGUUCUAAGAUAACACUGAACUAAACAUGUAUUAGUGGAAAAUAAAAUGUUAAUGUAUCCAAAGACAAAAGAAAGAUUCAUAACAUUUACCACGUGUACUGUGGUUGAUUUUCUAGGGGCUUGAGUGGAAACGUAUUAAUCUUUUGGAAGUCUGAAACCCAGA